AUGGUUUUAUUCCUGUGUUCCAUGGGCCUCUUCGGCUUAAUUUCCGGCGUUCUCGGGCUUUCGAAGACCAACCACCUCAAGCAUGUCGCUCCAGGUUUUCUCGUCACGGAGGUAGCUAAAGGUGCACACGCCCAAGGAAGGGGGCAUACGAACCUGCGCAGUAGCGCGCAUAGCUAUGGAUACAACACGAGCGGUUCUGUGGAGGACAAAAUGGAUAUACUGAGGAAGAAAGUUAAAGAAAGAAACAAAGGAGAGCCGGAAUUCUUGCAGGCAUUUGAAGAAGUUCUAGUAUCUCUCAAACCAUUAUUCAAAAAAAGCAAUGUGUACCUAGGAGUGUUAGAAAAUAUUGCAGAGCCUGAAAGAGUAAUUCAGUUUAGAGUACCAUGGGUAGAUGAUAAAGGAGAGCAUAGGAUGAAUAGAGGGUUCAGAGUUCAAUACAGUUCCGUUCUGGGACCAUAUAAAGGAGGACUCCGUUUUCACCCCACUGUGAAUCUAAGCAUUAUAAAGUUUCUAGGUUUCGAACAGAUAUUUAAGAAUAGCUUGACGACGUUACCUAUGGGUGGUGGCAAAGGUGGUUCGGAUUUUGAUCCAAAGGGAAAAUCCCCGAAUGAGAUCCUCUCCUUUUGCAAAUCCUUCAUGACAAAUUUGUAUAGGCACAUUGGUCCGAACACAGAUGUGCCUGCAGGGGAUAUCGGUGUUGGAGGAAGAGAAAUUGGUUACCUCUUCGGUCAGUAUAAAAAGCUAAGUAACGCUUUCGAAGGUGUUUUAACAGGCAAGAAUAUCAAAUGGGGUGGAAGUAAUAUCAGGGCUGAAGCAACAGGUUAUGGAGCAGUCUACUUUGCAGAAAAUGCACUAGCCAAGGUAAACGAUAAUUUAACGGGUAAACGAUGUGUUGUUAGUGGAAGUGGAAACGUUGCACAGUACUUGGUGCAGAAGCUUAUUCAAAAAGGAGCUAUCGUUUUAACAAUGAGUGAUAGUGAUGGAUACAUCUAUGAACCGAAUGGUCUUAGGGAAGAGCAUCUAUCUUAUGUGAUGGAAUUGAAAAAUGUGAAAAGAGGAAGACUCAAGGAGUAUGCGGAUUGGUCUUCUACGUGUAAAUACGUUGAGAAAGGAAAACCAUGGGAGAUUCCAUGUGACCUUGCCUUCCCCUGUGCUACUCAAAACGAGAUUAAUCAAGAAGAUGCUAAUUUGUUAAUAAGAAACAAAUGUAAGAUGGUUGUAGAAGGAGCAAAUAUGCCAACCCACAUUGACGCCAUGCAUUUACUGAAAAAAAACGGUGUUGUGAUUUGCCCCUCCAAAGCUGCGAAUGCAGGGGGUGUAGCUGUCAGUGGAUUAGAAAUGACACAGAAUUCUAUGCGACUACAAUGGACUGCACAGGAGGCAGACGAGAAACUGCAGGUUAUUAUGAAGAAGAUCUACGAACAGUGCGACGGGGCAUCUAGGCUUUACCUUGGGGAGUCUGACCUCGUGGCGGGUGCCAACAUCGCAGGCUUUCUCAAGGUGGCCGACUCCUUCCAGGAGCAAGGCGGCCUUUGA